GUUUUCAAUAACCGCAUGCUCUUAGUCUCUUACCUCAAACCUUAACCUACACAAACCAGUGUUCUUCUCUUUUUUCUUUUUUUUUGGGUGAAAACUCUCAUACCAAACCUUAACCUACACAAACCAGUAUCCUCCGUUUGACGUGGGCGUGUGUGCUAACUGUGCACUGUCCCAUGAUGGGAAUGCCUUCUACGAUGGGAGUGCCCGACGGCCAAGACGACGUCGUUCAAAUUCAGCAAGGGAAAAAGCCCGGCGAGCCUUUCAUUAUCACUGUUAAUUGCCCCGACAAGGCCGGUCUCGCUUGCGAUAUCUGCAGAAUCAUUCUCGAUUUUGGUCUCUGCAUUACCAAAGGAGACAUUUCAACGGAUGGUGUAUGGUGCUACAUUGUAUUGUGGGUUAGUCCACACAAUGUUUUGCUUUCUAUGAGUUUGUUUUAUCUGAAAGACCGCCUUCAGGCAAUUUGCCCAUCAUGUUCAGCCUCAUUUUAUCUCAUCCAGCAACCUUCGAAAUCUUCUCCUGUCUAUCUAUUGAAGUUCUGUUGCCUUGAUCGAAAGGGAUUAUUACACGAUGUAACAAAAGUCUUCUGUGAGCUUGAACUUACAAUUCAGAAGGUGAAAGUGACCACAACACCAGAUGGCAGAGUCUUGGACCUCUUUUUCAUUACAGAUAACAUGGAACUUCUACACACAAGACAGCGACAAGAUGAGACAUGUGAAAGAUUGCGUGCUGUUCUGCGAGACUCAUGUAUCAGCUGUGAACUUCAAUUAGCAGGCCCAGAGUAUGAAUAUAAUCAGGGUAUCUCUUCUCUGUCUCCUGUUUUAGCCGAGGAGCUAUUUGGAUGUGAGUUGUCAGAUAAUGAAGUUCGUUCUCAAGCUCUUAGCCCAGAUAUGACAAAGUUGAAGAAAACUAAUGUAACACUGGACAAUUCCUUAAGCCCAGCUCAUACACUGCUUCAAAUACGAUGUGCUGAUCACAAGGGACUUCUUUAUGACAUUAUGAGAACUUUGAAAGAUAUGAAUAUGAAGAUUUUAUAUGGCCGAUUUUCACCAAAUUCUAUGGGAUAUCGAGAUUUAGACAUAUUUAUUCAGCAGAAAGAUGGGGAAAAGAUUUUGGAUCCUGAGAAGCAGAGUGCACUGUGUUCUCGUUUGAAACUGGAAAUGCUUCAUCCAUUGCGAGUUAUCAUUGCAAACAGAGGACCAGAUACUGAACUAUUGGUCGCUAAUCCAGUUGAGCUAUCUGGAAAAGGAAGACCUCGAGUUUUUUAUGAUGUCACAUUUGCUCUCAAAACACUUGGAAUUUGUGUUUUCUCGGCUGAAGUAGGAAGGCAUUCAGCAUCAGAGCGUCAAUGGGAGGUCUACAGAUUACUUUUGGAUGAGAACUGUGAAUUUCAAUUAACAAGUGUUGUUGCUAGAAAUCAGAUUGUUGAUCGAGUUAGAAGAACCUUAAUGGGUUGGUAAGUAAUUUCUUUAACACAAUGUGUAGCGUAUCUGAUGUUGUAAUUUGCGUCAUGUAUCAUUGAGUGUCUUGUAAUUAUUAUUUUUAUGUUGAUGAUUGCUUGUUUGCUUUUGUAUAUAUGAUAUUCUUGGUGUUCUUUGUAUUAUCCUAACACCUGGUUUAAGGGUUUUAAGAGAAUGAGAAGAUGCAAGAUUGAAUACUGAUUGAGGGUCAUAAGUCCAUCCGUCCAUGUACUUGUUACGUUGUUUUCUUGGAGGCCAGGGGGGCCUUAUUUUUCUUCAAGGUGUCAUCAUAAAGGACACCAGGCAUUGCAUCCAAUCCAGUUUAUAAGUUUACUUUUGCGCAAUCUUUCAUUCAUGGGUGG